UGCAGGACACCUGAUAUCGCUCAUAUGCUGCGCCUCUCAUGGAUGCACCUAGGAUACAUAGGAGGGGACAAGCCCAGUGCUGGGUGAAUGCUGCCAGUAAGAGACAGCGAGGAACUGGCCUAUUUGUGUUCCUCACAUAUUCCAAAGUGACACAGAAGAACAGUGCAAUGCAGCUCCUUAGUGCUGGGUACCAAAAAGUCCACCCCGGGAUGAGAAACUGACAGCAAACAGUGGAACACAUCACUCCAGCCAUUUUGGCCGUGCAUAGGAACAGAAAGGGAGAGAGGUUCAACAGAAUGGCCCCUUCAUCAUGAGAAAGGGGUCAAGGAGAGUCUCUUUAUUUGAUAUUUUCCCAGAAACCAUCAACGAGCAGGAUGUGACACUUUCAGAGGCGGCAUGUGAGCAGGGAGUGGGGGUACCUGGGGAUACGGUAAUCUCUCUGCCAGAGGCACAGCCAGCAGAUGGAGCCGCUGGUAUUAUUUCUACAGUGACUGAUGCACGGAAACAAAAUGUUCCCAGUGUUCAGACAGUUUGUGAGACAGAGACCAGAGCAGCGCUGUGUUCCCUGCGGAAUCUCUCCAGGAUCCUCUUCUUUAUCUCAAUCCUUUUGUCAGUAGGAGCUGUGUCUCUGUCCAUCUGUCUCAUAUUGCAAUAUUUCUAUCACCCUGUGAUCCAGAAAGCCUGCCCUGAUUAUGUGGAGAUAUGUUCCUCCUCUUUAAACUGCUCCCUUGCACAAGGUGCCAACCUCUGCCCUCCUGGUAGGCAGCCAAGUAACGGAACCCUGGCAAUUGAUUAUAAGAACCCUGUGUUGCUGCUGACCAGUCGCUCAGUGCUGCAGCUAUACGGUGCCAGAGCUGGCAGGUAUUACACGGUGUGUCACCAGGGCUGGAAGCCAUCCCAUGGCUGGACAGUAUGCAGAGAGUUGGGCUUCAACAGUCACACAAUGUCUUCUCCAGUGCUACUCAGUGCCAUGAGUCCCAUCGUUCUGGAGGCUUUUGCCAUUGUGAAUAAAACCGACGGGACACCAAAUAAUCUUGAAACUUUUAUGAGCCCUGUAGAUAUUUGCCCCACUCAAGAAGGGGUUUCACUGCAGUGCACAGACUGUGGACAGGCAUCUGUGGAUAUUCCUCGGAUUGUAGGGGGGACAGAUUCUUCUUUGGGAAAAUGGCCGUGGCAGGUCAGCCUUCGGUGGGAUGGACGGCACAUGUGUGGCGGAUCCAUCAUAUCUUCCCAGUGGGUGAUGAGUGCCGCUCACUGCUUUGUGCUUAACGGCUUCCUGACUGUCAGUAGAUGGAAAAUCCACGCUGGGUCCAUUUCCCUAAGCACUGGGAUUGCAUAUUCUGUCCGUAAUAUCUAUUACAAUGGGCUGUACAGCUUGGAAACCAAUGACUACGACGUGGCCCUUCUCAAAACCACUGUGCCUAUGAGCUUCUCGGACACUACGCGGCCUGUGUGUCUGCCCAGAGCCUACCAGCAGUUCCAGGUGACGGCCAACUGUUGGAUCAUCGGCUGGGGCCAUGUGAGCGAGGGAGGGCAGUUAUCUCCAGUUCUACAGGAAGCAAAAGUGCAGUUGAUCAGCAGUCAGAUCUGUAACCACUCAUCUAACUAUGCUGGGCAGAUUAGCCCUCGAAUGCUUUGUGCCGGUUACCCAGAUGGUAGAGCUGACUCGUGCCAGGGAGACAGCGGAGGGCCCUUGGUGUGCCAGGAGGGAGGCUUAUGGUGGCAGGUUGGCAUCGUGAGCUGGGGAGAAGGCUGCGGCAGACCCAAUCGCCCUGGAGUUUACACCAAUCUCACUGAAGUGUUAGACUGGGUCUACCACCGGCUUCAGAUGGACAGCGAGGCUACGUGACCCAGGGAGGACUCACUGAGAGCAAUAUCAAGAGAAAGAGAAUUAAAUAAAUGUUGUUUCUUAUA